AUCGCGGCACCCGGGGUUGGGAUCGCGGUCACGUGACCUCCCACAUGGCCGUGGAGGGCGCGGCGGGGAGCGAGCCCGCGCCCGGAGGCAGCGGCAGCGUCGGGAGCGCGCCCGCGGCCGGCGGCAGCAGCGGCGACGGGAGCGCGCCCGCCGGCAGCAGAGUCGGGAGCGCGCCGGCCGCCCGCUCGUUCAUCUGCUCGUUCCCCGGCUGCGAUGCCGCGUUCAACAAGGGCUGGCGGCUGGACGCGCACCUCUGCCGCCACACCGGAGCGAGGCCGUACGUGUGUCAGUACGAGGGAUGCGGCAAGAGCUUCACCAGGGACUUCCACCGCACCCGGCACUACCUGACGCACUCCGGGGAAAGGCCGUUCGAGUGCACAGCUGAGGGAUGCAAUCAGAAGUUUGGAACGAAGGCAAACUUAAAGAAACACGUUCAACGCAAGCACGAAAAUCAGCAGAAACUCUAUUUGUGCAACUUUGAAGGCUGUGGCAAGUCCUUUAGGAAACAUCAGCAGCUGAAAGUUCACCUGUGUCAGCACACCAACGAACCGCCCUUCAAAUGUGAUCACGAGGGAUGUGGGAAGAACUUUUCUACUCCAAAUAGUCUAAAGCGGCACAAGAAAGUACAUGAAGGAUAUGCAUGCAAGAAAGAAAACUGCUCAUAUAUUGGAAAAACUUGGACUGAGCUUCUGAAACAUAAUAAAGAAAGCCAUACAGAGCCAAUCGUUUGUACAGAGUGUUCUAAAACUUUUAAACGCAAAGAUUACCUCAAGCAGCAUAAAAAAACACACGCUGCGGAGAGGGAAGUCUGCCGAUGCCCAAGGGAAGGAUGUGACAGAACCUACACAACUCUGUUUAACCUUCAAAGCCAUAUCCUCUCUUUUCACGAGGAGCUGAAACCAUUCUCUUGUGAUCAUCCAGGCUGUGGAAAAGUAUUUGCAAUGAAGCAGAGCCUAGCAAGGCAUGCAGUUCACCAUGAUCCUGAAAAGAAAAAGCUAAAAGCAAAACGUUCUCGUCCUAAGAGGAGCUUGGCCUCUCGUCUGAGUGGGUACGUUCCACCUAAAACACAGCCAGGAAAAGAUGAGGCUGUGACAGAAUGCAAGACGCCAGAUCAGCCCGUGGAAAACGGAGUACCAACUGCUGAAAUUCUGACUCUGCAGUAAAAGUGAACUGCAAAUUUUCUUCAUGGAAUGACCAGUGCAAAGCCCAGCAAGAAACCUUUAUUUUAUAGUCCUUUUUGUAAUAAUAUUGUUUAUACCUCCUCAUAAAGUCAUUAGUGCAACUCA